AUGGCUGAUGUUGUUAAUGGUCCUUGUGAAAGUAGCCCAAGGCGGUUCGCCCAUCUCACCAACAAUCCAGCCGCAAGACGAGCUGAGAUGAAAACAGGACUGCUGCAAAUUAUUUAUGCUAAUCCUUUUGCAGGUUUGGAUCAUGAAGAUCCAUACACUCACCUCACCCGAUUCUACGAAAUAGCUGGUACAUUAGGUGCACCAGAAGCUGAAGAGGAAGCCGUUUUCAUGAGAUUAUUCCCGCACUCUUUGAUCGGCAAAGCAAAGGAUUGGUACCUCGAUCAAUCAACGGAAACCAUGACCAAUUGGAAUGUGUUAGAGAGAAACUUCCUUAGCAGAUUCUUUUCUCACAACCGAUUCAUGGAUGCAAAGACAGCUAUUGCCACAUUCACCCAAUUUUCAAAUGAAACUUUGUGUGAAGCCUGGGAACGCUAUAAAUCCAUGCUACGGAAGUGUCCAAACCACGGUUUCGAUGACAUGUCACAAAUCCACAUUUUCCGUAAUGGAUUAUUACCUCAACCGAAGCUUUUACUUGAUGCAACAGCUGGAGGUUCCUUGAUAGCAAAAAGUGCAGCAGAAGCAAUUUCAAUCAUUGAUAGGAUGGCUCUCACAGAUCACCAAGUUCAACACAAUCGAGGUACCGUACAAAAGAAGCCUGGAGUUUUAGAAUUGGGUACAAAUGAUGCAAUCCUAGCACAAAACAAAAUGCUCACUCAAACCGUAGAGGAAUUGACAAAACAGCUGUCCAAGAUUCCUCAACAACUCAAAGAUGUGCACGGUUCGUCAAAUGCAUCACAACAAGUAGCUUUUUGUGAACUUUGUACGGGUGAUCAUCCAACUGGUUUUUGUCCCCCAAUCAACGAAGAGGUAAAAUAUAUGGGAAAUCAACAACAAAGGCAAGUUCCGUACAAUCAAGGUUAUCCACACAACAACAACGCAAGCUAUGGCCAAAACCGACCGAAUUAG